AUGAAUAAAAGUAUUCUUGGUGAAAUUUCGGAAGAACAUAACCUCAGUAUCCCUCAGAUAUGCCCUUUACAGCUUCAAUUAGGUGAUACUCUCUUCAUUUCCUCCGAGCCAUCCUUUCAGACCUAUGGAAUGAAUUUGGUAAAUGUCUCCAAGGAAGAAUUUAUUAACUGCCCUAGGGCUGGUUUUCUUCAAGAGCAGUUGAUUUUUGUUUGCCAGAUAAAAGGACUGCACCAAGUGGACCCUAACUGGCUUGGUGCUGGAACUCACUACUUUGCAGAACUUCACAAGAGAGGUCCACUCUUGUGCAACAUGGGCCUCCGUCUGAAUGUUACUGUGAAGCAGCAGCUUUGCCAACAGUCUCCGGGUGCACCACUAUGCUCUGGACAUGGAAAAUGUCUAAGCCACGUUUGGGAGAAAACAUAUAAUUGCCAUUGCUUCUCACAGUAUUCAGGAACGUUCUGCCAGAAGUUUGAUAUAUGCUCUGCUAAACCUUGCCACAACAAUGCCUCCUGCAUGGAGAAAUCAGAGCUUUCUGAAGAUUCUUAUGAAUGCACAUGUCCUCCAAAAUUUUCAGGUAAAAAUUGCACAGAAAUAGUUGGACAGUGCCAGCCAUCUACAUGUUUCAAUGGUAACUGCAUCGAUGUUACUCCAAACACUUUUCUUUGUGAGUGUGACAAGGGUUUUACAGGUCCAUUUUGUGAGGAACCUGGUGAUCCUUGUGCCUCUCAGCCAUGUCUGAAUGGAGGCAUAUGCCAGUAUAACCAGUCUGGAUAUGUUUGCAAUUGUCCUUCUGGUUUUCUUGGUCACAACUGUGAAAUUAACAUCAAUGAAUGUUCUUCAAGGCCCUGUCAGAACAGAGGUACAUGUAUUGAUUUGCCAAAUGAUGUUGCAUGUAUCUGUAUGCCAAUAUUUACUGGCAAGUUCUGUGAGAGAAUACUGAAUCCAUGUGAAUUAUUGCCUUGCUUAAAUAAUGCAACUUGUGUAGCUCAGCAGCACAACUAUCACUGCCGCUGCAUGCCAGGAUUCACUGGAAGGAACUGUGAGGAAGUAAUUGACUACUGCAGGCUGCUCAGCGUCAACUGUCUGAAUGAAGGAUUGUGUCUUAAUAUAAUUGGAGGUUUCACUGAUGUGCGUAUAACUUCUCAGCUUCCUCUAAUUUUACGGCCAGUCAUCUUUCCACAGUCCUCUUUAGUGAAAGGUCAAAGGAAGAUCUUCCCAGAACCUUUUUUGCUUCAAACUGAACAACCCAAACUCUCUCAGCCAGUCUUAGGAAAGCUGCUCCAGCCCUCUGUGGCUGCCCUGGUGACCCACUCCUAUUAUAUCAACGGCUUUGUUGUAAUGAGGAUCCCAGAUUUGGACGCAGCACUCCAGCCUGUGUUGGUACCAGGGGUGUCCCCAACCAAUGUGCAGGACCUUACAUUUGGCCUUGUUGAACCUUGUUAUGAGUUCUCAUGGACCCACAUCUCAAGCUUGUUCAGCACCCUGGAUGAUGUCCCGUACUUCAGAAUGGACUUAAAACAUUUAAAGAAAGAAGAUACUGGCUAA